AUGCUGUCAAGUGUCCGUAAGGGACCGGCGUUUAAGCCGCAGCUGCGCGUGUGCUAUUUAUGCGGACAACAGUUUGGCACAGCCUCCAUCAGCAUUCAUAUCCCGCAAUGCUAUGCGAAGAAGGUUGCGCAGUGGGAAAUUGCGGAUCCUGCCACGCGUGGGAACCGGCCCAAACACCCUGACACAGUGAACUGGCAGGGCGAAGGUAUGAGCACGAACAAGCUGAACGACGAGCAGUUCCAUGAGUUUACUGCCAACUUGGUGCCUUGUCGGAACUGUGGACGGAGGUUUCUUUCAGAUCGUCUUGUGGUUCACUUGCGUAGCUGCAAAGGUGACAGCAAACCGGCAUUGACGGCAAGAGACAGUGGAGUAAGAGGUGGUGGUGGUGCUAGUAGUAGUUGCAGUGGAGCCUUAGACGGUGGGUCAUCAACCAGGCAACGAAUUUCACACACGGCACACAGUUUUUCCUCAUCCAGGAAAAGCAAUGACCCGUCUUCUUCACGGGCACCGGAAUACAAGUCACAGUUGCCUGUUUGCUGUUAUCUGUGCGGUCAGCAGGUUGGAAACAACUCCAUAGCAUUCCAUGUUUCUCAGUGUUACACCAAAAAGAAGGCCCAAUGGGACGUAGCCAACGUGCAUACGCGAGGCGAGCCACCAAAGCAUCCGGAUACGGUUCCCUGGAAUGUUGGCGGGACCCAGAUAGAAGAAGAUAAUGAGGCCCAAUUUGCCAAAUUCGAGGAUGGUUUGGUGCCAUGUCCCAACUGUGAAAGAAAAUUUCUCGCUGAUCGUCUUGUCGUUCACCUUCAUUCAUGCAAGCUUGGCUCGAGAUCCAAGGCGUCAACACAAUCAACGACGGCGUCGCCACCGUUGCGCAACUUUGAUAGACGUGCAUCCAUGGCUUCUACAAUUGUGGACGAUUUGGGAGGUCGUGUGCCAAAUGGAAGGAAUGAGGUACAAAGUGCAACAAGACGCCGGACUCUCGGUGAGGAUGUUCCCACAGGAGAUGUGGGAAAAAUCAACCCCAAGGUGAAUCGACUACAGAAAAAUGGAAGAACGGAUCCAACGGGACGUGUCUGUCCCCGUUGCAGCGUCGUAGAGUACGACAUGUCUGCAAAGUUUUGCAGAGACUGUGGAGCUGAUCUUAGUUCCAAAACAACUUCUGGUCCUUGCACUCACUGUGGGGAACAAAUUCCAGAAGGAUCCAGGUUCUGUGGUACUUGUGGUGUGUCAAUCACGGAUGCAGUGGCGAGUGAGGGAAUGUCGGGAGCAGAGAAUUUUGGUGCCUCCACCCUACACGCUCCGGAACGCCCAUCGGGCAAAACUGUUUGCGAUGCUGAUGGGAACUUCAGCGGCAAUUCUGGUGUUGCUCUUGGCGAUGUAAAGACCUCAACUGCCGCGCCACUGACGAAGGAAGUGAUGUUCUGUAAAAAAUGUGGGGAAUCCAUUGAGGAUCAAACAGCAAAAUUUUGUGAGGAGUGUGGUGAAGUUUUGGAGAAAAUUACUGUGGGUGCUAUGGGCAACGCACCACAUGAAAGGUCGUCCACAUUGCCACCCGAGGGCGUCAAAUCUCGUGCCUCAUUCAUGGAAACCCCCACACUUCCACAUCUAGCCUCAGCAAAGGGGGCGGCAGCCGCGGAGGGAGCUCCGUCAAAGUUUCGGGGAAUGAAAAAAGAAAAAAACGGUAAUCUUGCCAGUGCCACUCGAAAAUUGCCAAAUACGCCACAAGGGAUGAAGGGCAGCGAUGCACUUUCACUUCCAGUACUCUCCAAAAACAACUUGCCCCUUCAUCACCCUGAUAUAUCUGAGGGGGAAGAGGCCGUUGAUGAGGGACAACGAGAGAAAUGCCCAAACUGUGGUCGGGCUUUUGCUCCUGAAGCUUUAGCACGACACCAGCGUGUGUGUGUCGCACAAAAGCGGCGGAGGGUAUUUGAUAUGCGGGCAAUGCGUCUCUCAGGCACAGGUGCGGAGCGAGUAGCGAGGUCGGGAGGCGGCUUAUUAACUGCGUCAUCGGCUCCAAAACGAGACUGGCGUGCGGAAAGUGAGGCAUUCCGACGCUCCAUGCGAGAAGCACGCCAGGUGGAUAAAGUACUCAAGUCUGGGGGUAAUGCAAGAGAUCUCCCGCCCCCAACUUACAGUGAGAAUAGUCAUUAUACUCCCUGCCCUCACUGUGGGAGAAAGUUUGCUCCAGAUGUGGCGGAGCGGCACAUUCCUCGCUGCGCUACGACUGUAAAUAAACCCAAACCACCCCCAAGGAGGCGUUAG